UCCAACCGCAGUGGGCAGACUGUCACAUACCUGGGGAAGUUUGCCUUUGACACCCCUCCAUCAGGUAGCAUAGGAGGUUCAGGCUGGUGCUCUGAUAAUAACAUUAUCAGUCUGGUAAGCGCGGGGAUCCUGGGGGUAUCUCCAUCACCUGGCUCGGUUACAGCGCAGACGUCGUCCUCUGCAGCCAGCAUGGGUGGACAAACGUCUGACAUGGAGCAGGUUUAUUGUCCACCACUACCUGCUUACCCCACUUGCAGUGACCUCUACCAGGACCAGGUCUCCUUUCACCACAGCCCCGCCACCAGCACAGCUCUACCCUACUCUAGUAAUGACUAUCACUCCACAUCCAAAGGCUCCAUGGAUGGAAGCCUUUUCUCCAUGAUCCCUGACUACAACAUUUUCCACCAUCAGGGUGAUGUUGGCGUGAUGGAACACAAGCCCUUUCAGACCAUGGACCCUAUCCGGGUCAACCCUCCGCCCAUCACACCACUGGAGACCAUCAGGGCGUUUAAAGACAAGCAGCAAAUUCACCCAGGUUUCAUCGGUGGACAGCAGCACCCUCCUCAGCACCACCCACCGCCACAGACUCUCACCCUA